AUGAACGAUGAUGUAUUAUUUUUUGGCCCAAUCAUUGAAAUGGAUCAUUGUAAUUUCACACGAAACAAUGUUGUUGGAAUAUGGUUAUUAAUGGAAGAAGCAAUUUUCAGGGACUGUAUAUUCGAUAACAACAGAGAAACACCGAUUCUAGCCUACCAAAGUACCUUCCAGAUGGCAGGAGAGACUGUGUUUUCUAACAAUGUUGCCGAUAGGGGAGGUGGACUGGCCCUGUAUCAAUCAACAGUGUUGUUUGAUUCAGGAUCGACUACACGCUUCGAGAACAAUACUGCUAUUGAGUAUGGUGGGGGGAUCUACAUUGCUACAGUGCCACCUUUCCUUCCAAAGCUACUAGUUGCUGUGGAAAACGGAAUCAAGAAAGAUGAUUUAUUCGCCUAUAUUCAUAAUUUUGUCACUAAUAGACCUUGCUUUUAUAAUGCCAGUGGUGAUACUCAAGUGAAGUUCUUUGGGAACAAUGCUGGUUUCGGUGGAAGGGACAUUUUUGGACUAACAAAAAUAUCAUACUUUGAUAAGUAUUGCUCAGUUUCAGAGAAUAGUAUCUUUAAUUUCGACAAUUCAGUACCGAGUACUUUUCAACUUGCGUCAGACCCUUCUCGAGUGUGUUUCUGUGUAAACGAUACACCACAGUGCCAAAACCGUGCGUACCUUGUAAUUAACGAGACGAGGUUUCCGGGAGAGAGGUUUGAGACUUCCGUAGCUCUCGUGGGAUUCAACUUUAGCAGAGUAACAGGAACUGUGAUUGCUACUGUGCUGGAUGGGCAGGCUGGAAAUAUCAGUGAUAGUCAACGUAUACAAUCUAUCAAUGCUUAUGUCCAAUGUAAGAAACUAACGUAUACAGUAUUGUCCAACCAAACAAGCAGGCCCCUUAAAUUGGGCCUCUCUGUUAAAGAAUAUCAUCAUCACAAUAUAAUUGAAGACAGUGUAAACAGCAUACACUCUGAUGUAUGCACCGAUACAACCUUAUACCCAGAACUACCGUGUACAGCUCUUCUCACUACGUCCAUCUACAUUGACAUCACUGUGGAUAACUGUCCACUGGGGUUUCAGCUUAAUAAAACUAUAGGGGUGUGCGAAUGCGACGAAAACACUAAGCAGUUGAAGUUGACCUGUGAGAUUCAAAACCACACUGGCUACAUCACCAGAGGAGGAACUGUGUGGGUGGGAAUGGACACAGCCAAAAAUGAAACUGACUUUUACUACUGGCAUCAAUACUGUCAUAGUGACUACUGCAAUCAAACCUCAACACCGGUUGACUUGAGAUCCCCUGAUUCACAAUGCAGCUCGAACCGUGCUGGAAUUUUGUGUGGGAAAUGUAAAGGAAACUACAGCCUGCAAUUAGGAAGUAAUCGAUGCAGACAAUGUGACGAUAAUUAUAUUGCUCUGUUGAUAGUGUUCGCCAUCCUUGGAAUUAUACUGGUUGCUAUGAUUACACUCUUCGAUUUCACAGUUGCCAAUGGUACCAUAAAUGGACUCAUAUUCUACGCAAAUAUUGUGUGGAUUAACAAUGCUAUAUUGUUCCCACAGCAGGGCAAGAACAUUAGUUACUACAUCAUCACUGUGCCUAUAGCUUGGAUUAAUCUGGAUUUUGGUAUUGAGACAUGUUUCAGCCAAAAUUUGGAUCAACUAACUAAAAGUGGUUUACAGUUUGUGUUUCCAGUCUACAUAUGGUGCAUUGCUGGUCUCAUCAUUUUAGCUUCUCGGCAUUCCAUAAAAGCUACUCGAUUCUUUGGUAGAAAUUCUGUUGCUGUUUUAUCCACUCUCAUCCUGCUAUCUUAUGGGAAGCUGUUCAGGAUUAUCACAAAUGUGUUUACUAAAGCAGACAUUAAUGGCUCGAUUCGCAAAGUUUGGUCACUAGAUGGAAAUGUUGAAUACGGAAUAACUCCCAGACACAUUGUCUUACUCGUGGUUGGACUACUCUUUAUGCUAUUGUUUUGGUUGCCAUUCACCUUGACUCUCCUUGUAGUACCCUUCCUAAAAGUCAAGUCAGAUCACCAACCUCUUCGCUGGAUAAACAGAUUCAAGCCAUUUUUUGAUACUUAUUACGGUCCUUUCAAAAACAAGCAACAGCAUCAAGUGUGGACGGGGAUUCUGCUCAUCUCCCGUGUAGUGAUAUUGAUUGUUUUCUCGUCAACUUCGACUUCCAAUCCGAAUGCUAACAUACUGGUAUCAACCAUUAUAGCUACACUCCUGCUAGUGUACACAGCCAUUGUGGGAUAUCUAUACAAGCAGUGGUUUGCGUCAGUGCUUGAAGUGUUGUACCUCCUCAACCUCAUCAUCUUAGGUGGAGCAUUCUUAUUUUAUCGAAUGCAACCACAGGAUAUUCGAGAAAUAGAUACCCUUAAUCCUGUGACAGCUACCUCAGUUUGUUUUGCUCUCCUGCAGUUUGCUUGUAUUAUAAUCUUCCACAUAGCCAAGAAGAUCGGACCCAAACUUCAGAGGCUCUCCAAGAAGAAGAAACAAGAAUUGGAUAUUGAAGGUGCACCAGAAAAUGCACCCAACAAAGUUACGACGCAAGUAGUGGAGUUGCACGAGAAUGCAAGAGAGCAUAAAUUCACGAUGUCCAGUGAUUCCAACACUCUUAGAGAGCCACUUUUGGAGAUAUGAUAAGUUACAGUAGCUUUAACAUUAUACAGAAGGAACUGAUUAAUAGUGUGUACAUAGUGCUUACGUAUUUUGGUUUAGUUUUUUGUCUGCAUGCAUAAUAUACAUGUAUAGUUAUAUUUUUUGCAGUUUAGUCUAGAUCUAACACAUAGUAUGGUAUACACACAAUUUAUUAUUGUGCGGUGAAAACUCAUUGUUUUUACAAGACAGGGAUAGACACACAACUGUAUCCCUCAAGUGUAUCCCUCAAGUGUAUCCCUCAAGUGUAUCCCUCAAGUGUAUUCUGAUAAUAAACGCAUUUUGUGUAUGGAUGUGUAAUCUCCUGUCUGUACUUUUGACUGUACCGGAUAUAAGAGGCUUUUUCUCAAUUGAUUUGACUGAUACAUGUAGAAUUCAAUUUUAUAGCUAAAUGUAUAUAUAAUUAUUCCUCUGUAAAACGCCACUACUUGGCAUUAAUUUUUCAUAUUUCCAGGGUGCCCCCUCUGUAUGAAACCCUGCCCACUGAUGUAAUAGGUAGUUAUGCCUCAAGGCGUAGCCGCAUAAGACUCCAUGAGACUCUAUCCUGUUCCGAAACCUUUCACUUCUUGCUAUACUGGAUAUUAAUCGCAGAUAUAAAUUCUGUUGCUGUUUUAUCCACUCUCAUUCUGCUAUCUUAUGGGAAGCUGUUCAGGAUCAUCACAAAUGCGUUUACUAAAGCAGACAUUACUGACUCUAAUGGCUCGAUUCGCAAAGUUUGGUCACUAGAUGGAAAUGUUGAAUACGGAAUAACUCCCGGACACAUUAUCUUAAUCGUAGUUGGACACCUUGACCCUCCUUCUAGUACCCUUCCUAAAAGUCAAGUCAGACCGCCGACCUCUUCGCUGGAUUAACACAUUCAAGCCGUUUUUUGAUACUUAUUACGGUCCAUUCAAAGAUAAGCAACAGCAUCAAGUGUGGACAGGGAUUCUGCUCAUCUCCCGUGUAGUGAUAUUGAUUGUUUUCUCGUCAACUUCGACCGAAUGCUAACAUACUGGUAUCGACAAUUAUAGCUACACUCCUGCUAGUGUACACAGCCAUUGUGGGAUAUCUAUACAUUACGUCAGUGAUUGAAGUUUUGUACCUCCUCAACCUCAUCAUCUUAGGUGGAGCAUUCUUAUUUUAUCGAAUGCAACCGCAGGAUAUUCGAGAAAUAGAUACCCUUAUUAAUCCUGUGACAGCUACCUCAGUUUGUUUUGCUCUCCUUCAGUUUGCUUGCAUUAUAAUCUUCCACAUAGCCAAGAAGAUCGGACCCAAACUUCAGAGGCUCUCCAAGAAGAAGAAACAAGAAUUGGAUAUUGAAAGUGUACCAGGAAAUGCACCCGACAAAGUUACGACGCAAGUAGUGGAGUUGCACGAGAAUGUAAGAGAGCAUAAAUUCACGAUGUCCAGUGAUUCCAACACUCUUAGAGAGCCACUUUUGGAGAUAUGAUAUGUUACAGUAGCUUUUAACAUUAUACAGAAGGAACUGAUUACAUAGUGCUUACAUAUUUCGUGGUUUGGUUUUUUUACUGCAUGCAUAUAGCUAUAGCAAAAUAUUAUGUUUUUUUUGCAGUAUAGAUCUAAUACACUGUACAUGGUAUACACAGAUAAUUUUUUUGUGCGGUGAAAACUUAUAAUUGUUUUUACGAGAUCGUCAUUCAGUUCCAUCGUCGGCCAGACAUCCCACCACCCCUUAACCUUCCGCCCCGGGGACACUGUUUCUCUCCGGUUCCUUCUUUUCCAAGCCUCGUAUCAUAUUCACUGUGAGUAUGAAAGUAGCCAUAACUCGAGAAAGAAGCUUUAGUUUGCAAAUCCACGAAUCAAUCUAAGAGAACGUGGCUAGAAGCAUAUAGAAGCUGUUAGUUUUCGUCGCAUUGCAACCGUAGCAGUUACCGCUGGAAUACACACAGAGACAGACACACACACAGUCAGCUUUAUCGUAUCCCUCGUCAUGUGGCUACGCCUUGAGACAUAACUACUGUAACACUAACAUCAGUAUGAGUGGGCAGGGUUUCAUACAGAAGGGGGUGCCCUGGGUUUCCCCCCUGGAAAUAUGAAAAAUUAAUGAUGUCAUACCAAAUUGUGGUGUUUUACAGAGGAAUAAUUAUAAUCACAUGUAACUAUCUACAUGUAUAUCAGUCAAGAGAAAAAGCCUCUUAUAUCCAUUUUGAUCUAGCACAUGGUACAGUCAAAAGUGGAGUACAUAAUAUCCGAUACACAAAAUGCACGUAUACUUAUAGUAAUGGGAUUAUACAUAACUAGAGACCAGCACUAUCAGCCUGAAUCAAUGAAAUGUUUACCUCUUAUCGAAAGAAAAUGAUUUCCCCUCUAUCCUCCAAAACCACAAACACCAUCACCAACAAUGUAUAUAGUACCUCACCGUGUCCAACCUCAGCCCCUUCAUCCUCCACUAUUAAUAUUUCUCUCUCCUUUACCUCGCCAGAUCCAGAGAUGGCCUUUUCUACUUGGCACUCUCCUGCAUGAUGAGCUCUCCAAUAAAAUCCACUUCAGUCUCGGGUCCAGAGCCUUUGAUCACCUGGCAAUAGAGGGGGCGGGAGUGUAAACAAUGGGGUAGUGAUUUGUGCUACACUGGUGCUCUCCGUUUUUCGUAAAAUCACACUAUAAAUUAUAUCGCUAUAGGCAACAGUGUAUAGCUACUACCUGACUUUUUCAACAUCUGAAGAAGCUAUAUUGAUAUCUUGAGCUAGAGCCGUCAUUACUGACACUGGAAUCACGGCUCCUUUCUCCCAGGGGCCAGUGUUGGUUGUCAUGUGUGUGGCUCGUUGAACGAAGGGCAAAGUUUACACUCAAACCAAAGUAAAAAGUACAGCUUUGUUUACCGCUGGCAAAGUGACACCUAGCUGUCAGGGGUCAGUUUUGCAUUUUUUUCUCAUAGAAAAUGCGAAGUAGUCCCAAGCAAACUAAAAGCACACAAUUAUUAGGGUAUGUCUUUUGCUUAGAUAUUGUGUCAUUUUUCUUCGCACCCACUUUUAUCUAUAUACCUGCAAAAAUGUCGAACAUGCUACAACAAUGUGUCCUGCCUGUUACUGAACCCAUGCGUACAGUAUUAAUUGUGUGGUGGUUUAUAAUGCCCCUUGAGGUUUUGAUGAUGGUCAUAGUAUAGGUGGCAUACUUAAAAGUGCAAGCUUCCUUUCUCAUGCCGGAUCAGUAUAACUACACUAUAGCUAUAGAUACCUUCAACUGUUUGUAGAGUAUGUAUAGCUCUGGGCUAUUUGUCAUUAUUCUAGUGGUGUCUUGCCACACUAUUAAAGCGGCAACAUUUCAGGAAUGGCUACUCACGAAAUUGGCACACAUUCAACAAGAUGAAGUAUGCAAUGCCAAGUAUGACAGCACAGCAAAUGUACUCACAAAAUACAAGCUUUCGAGCAUGAUUGAUCCCAGCAAGACAAAAACAUAUCUGUACGUUCCCCAAAGCUACACUGGCCUUGAACAAGAGAGAGUCUACAUCAGUGCAUGCAGGAACCGAUCAUGCUGAAGAUCUCAUGCUGACUGCUCUUCAAUCACCACCAAAAGAAUUUUGGAUCACUAAUUCACCGUGCCCUGUUUGUGCCCGAAAGCUGAUGCUAGCUUUUGCUGGAUCCUCGACUAAGGCUGAAAUCAACAUUCGAAAAUUUUACAAGCCUCCACCUGGAAACGGAGCGGCAAUUAGUGGGGCUGUUGAUUGCUUGGCAAAAAUGAUGUACCAAGGCUUUAAAUUGUAUGACUGGGAUUGGGUCGCAUUCUACAACGAAUUUCUCAAAGGAGGAAAUAAUAACUGUAUUAAUGUGCUUAAAACUGCAUCUGAAAAUGAAGAGAAGUAUAAUAUACUGAAGGGGCAGCAUAAAGAGUUGCAAAAUGUUUUGGCUGAAGCUACAAAACGCUCAAAAAAUCAACAAUGGAUUAGAGAUGUGGCCAGAAAAUGCCUGGCUUAAGAAACAAUAUAACUGAGGCAUAAAAACUGAAACUGUGUGUGAGGAAUUAUUCAUACUGAGUCUGUAAUUUCUGUUAGUGAGAGUCUCUGUAAGUUAUGUAUUAGACAGUAAAGGCUGCUAGUGCUAGAUGAUUGCCUGUAUUCAGUUAUUUUCUCCAAGUCUUGACUGUAUCUUAUUUCGUCUUCACUC